UGGCGCAGUUGGCGAGGCCUCGCGGCCGACCUGCGAGCCUUGGGCGGGAGGUCAGGUGGAGGGGGAGCCGAGGGCGCCUCCAGCUGCGCCCACAUGCAGCGCGUCCUGGCCAGCGCCCGGCGCCUAGCGCGCCCCUGGAGGCCCCUUCCGGCCCGCAGCUGCGCCUCCGCUGGAGCCGCCCGGGACCCGGAGAUCCAGGUGCGCGCCCUGGAGGGUCCCGACCAAGGAAUCACUGAGAUUCUGAUGAACAGACCGCAUGCCCGAAAUGCCCUGGGACACGUCUUUGUGAGCGAGCUGCUGGGAGCCCUGGCGCGGCUGCGGGACGACCGGCACGUGCGUGUCCUGCUCUUCAGAAGUGGAGUGAAGGGUGUGUUCUGUGCAGGUGCGGACCUGAAGGAGCGGGAGCAGAUGAGUGAGGCAGAAGUGGGGGUCUUUGUCCAGAGGCUCCGAGGCCUAAUGAAUGAGAUUGCAGCCUUCCCUGCACCCACCAUAGCAGCGAUGGAUGGGUACGCCUUGGGUGGAGGCCUGGAACUUGCCCUGGCCUGUGACCUUCGCGUGGCAGCUUCCUCAGCUGUCAUGGGGCUGAUCGAGACCACCCGAGGGCUCCUCCCAGGAGCAGGAGGGACCCAGAGGCUGCCUCGGUGCCUGGGGGUGGCCCUGGCGAAGGAGCUCAUCUUCACAGGCCGACGACUGAGUGGGACACAGGCCCAGGCCCUCGGGCUGGUGAAUCACGCUGUGGCCCAGAAUGAGGAGGGCAACGCUGCCUACCACCGGGCACGAGAACUGGCCCAGGAGAUCCUGCCCCAGGCCCCCAUUGCUGUGCGGCUGGGCAAAGUAGCCAUUGACCGAGGAAUGGAGGUGGACAUUGCAUCAGGGAUGGCCAUUGAAGGGAUGUGCUAUGCCCAGAACAUCCCCACCCAGGACCGGCUAGAGGGCAUGGCAGCCUUCAGGGAGAAACGACCCCCUAGAUUUGUGGGCGAGUGACUCCCAUAUAACCUCAAAGGGAAAUUUGCAGCAUGACUGCCCUCAUUCCCCAUCUCUGGGCUUUAGUUUUCUCACAAGGACAACAAUGGAUAUAAAAUGGCUGAUGUGGUGCCUGGUACUAAGGUGCUGACUUUGCCACCUACCGCUAUCAUCACUAUUCCCCUCCCUGUGUCUAGAACCACUGGGGCACAGUUUGCUUUGGAGAAUGCCUGUCUUUCCCUACUCGAAUGAUAAACUAAGGAUUAAAAUAGAUCCCCCUCUCGCCUUUGUAAUUGUUGGCUCUCAGGCCUGAUCUCUGCCUCUCAGUGAGCAGGUGCUCACCAGAGAUGGCAAGAAGUACUAAGAACCCCCCAGUUGCUGACUAUACAAGAGAGAUCAUCAGGAAACCCUGGUAGAGGAUCAGGUGCCAGGGAUCAGACUGCAGAUUCCAGCUCUCUACGUUACUCACUGUGUGCCUUAGCAUCCUCAUCUGUAAAAUGGAAUUGCUGUGAGGGUUUAAAUAAAUAAAACGCCUCCUGGUCAAUAAA